GCGACACACACACACACACGCGGCUGUACGCUGGCCUCGCAACAAACAAUUCGCGUCCACACCUGCUGCGCGCACGCUACACCACCUCACCGGACCAGCAGUGGAGAGAGAGAGAGAGAGAGAGAGACAGCGACUACGGCGUCCUUAAAUAACCUUCGCCGACUCCCCGCAUCCUAUAGGCAUCGCCGUCCUGUCAGCUGGUUGGAAGCAACGUCAGUAGCUUGUUGUGGACUGUUUCUCCUGGACCCGCUGCACAUCUGAGAAAUAAAGCGGCUGUGGACUGUCGUCAUGGCCGCGGUGGAGCAGUGUGACUUGUCUCUCAUGAGUCUGGAGGAUGAGCUGACCUGCAGCAUCUGUCUCAGCCCCUUUGACUGUCCGGUGACCAUCCCCUGCGGACACAACUUCUGCCAGAGCUGCCUGCUCUCCACCUGGACGGAGAUCUACAGGUGUCCCCAGUGUCGGACCCUCUUCCCCACCAAACCCGAGCUGAAGAAAAACACGGUCCUCAGCACCGUGGUGGAGACCUUAAACCUGAGGUUGGUCCGGAGCGAGGUGGGCCUGCCAGCAGAGRAGAAAGAGACCGAGAAGGAGACCGAGAAAGAGGCCAAUGAAGAUGCAGUCAUACGUUGUGACACUUGUAUGGAUGCAGAGGCGGCCCACACCUGCCUCACCUGCAUGGCCUCUUUCUGCGAGGAGCACCUGCGUCCUCACCGGGAGAACCCGGUGUUCCGUCCCCACCAGCUGAUUGAGCCAGUCGGGGACCUGUCGGAGCGCAUCUGCCCGGACCACCACAAGCUGAUGGAGCUCUUCUGCAGCCAGCACGUCCGCCCCAUCUGCAGCCUCUGUCUCCAGCAAGUCCACAAAGGCUGCUCCUUCACUUCUCCUGAGGAGCAGAGGCAGCUCAAAGAGUCGGACCUGAGGGACAAGUUGGCUUUCCUUGAUGCAAAGAUUUUGCACACUGAGACCAUUACAGUUAAAAUGAGGGACAUGGAGGAUAUGUUGAAGGUCUCAGCAGCCAACAGGAAGAAAGCUUUGGCAGUCGAGUAUCAACAGAUGCACGACAUGUUGACUCAAGAGGAGAACAUUGCUCUGAAUGCAGUGGAUCGAGAGGUGGAGACUGGUGAAACCAAAUUGAAAGUUCUCAUGAAGAAGUUCACUGAGAACAUCGAGAAAAUGGGCAUGGCUAAAGAUUCUAUCAACAGUCUGCUUAGUCGGUCGCAAACAAUGGCCUUCUUGCAGGUGUCAUUUAACCUGCCUGCAGCUGUGAACUUUGACCCUUACACCCCUCGAAUUAGCCUGGACUCCAAGAAGGUGAUAGCCAGCGAGGCCUUUGCUGUGACCUUAAAGGAGCACCUGACCGAGCUGUUUAAACAGCCUGUUGAGGCCAGACUGCAAGUGAUUAAACCAGGUACUAGAACAGCUUCUGCCUCAGGGUUUUCAUCUCUCCCCCUGGGACCUUUCAAGGAACCUGAGCCUCUAGGACGCCCCAAGUCCCCAAGUCAAGAUCCAAGUUCACAGCCUAAAGCAGGCCCUAAGAAGAAGCCUUCAAAACAAACCAAAAAAGCUCAAUCCACUGAAGAUUUUACCCAUUCGACUGAAAAUCUGUCCGGGGAGUUUGGUGGGAAAGCCAAAGGACGUCCACAACCCAAUCAGAAACCAGAUACUUCAAGCAUUCCUGCAAACCUUGCAUGUGCAGAAAAAAGAACUGAGCUUCUGAAAUAUGCCGAGGCACUCAUGCUGGAUCCAAAGACCGCCCAUAAACGCAUCACGCUGAGUGAGGCAUUUACUAAGGCCUCUGUGUCAGAUGACCAAGCAAACUACCCCAACUGCCCUCAACGUUUUGUCGUCUGCUCCCAAGUACUCACCUCCAAGGGUUUCUUGGGAGGGCGCCACUACUGGGAAGUCCGACUGAGCUGCAACAACUUCAUCGGCAUAGGCUUGGCUUACAGCAGCAUUGACCGUAAAGGUCCCGCCAGUCGCCUGGGCCGCAACGCCCAGUCCUGGUGUGUUGAGUGGUUUAACGUCAAGCUGUCUGCUUGGCAUAACAGCCAGGAAACCGUGCUGAGCAAUCCCAGUCCAAAGCGCGUAGGUGUGCUGUUAGAUUGGGAGGGGGGCAGGGCUACAUUCUACAAUGUGGCAGACAGGGCAUAUCCCUUCUACUCAUUUGAGUUCCCUUUUGCUGAAGCAGUGUAUCCAGCUUUCUGGAUGUUCUCCAGUGGUUCAUCUAUUUCUUUGUGCAAGAUGCAGGCAUGAGGAGCAUAUUGUCAUAUCAUCACACACACACACACACACACACACACACACACACACACACACACACACACACACACACACACACACACACACACACACACACACACAGUCCCUUGAUGUCACUGAUAAAUAUGAAUAUUACAAUAAUUUCGUUAAAAGGUUUGUAUA